CCGCCGCCAUCAACCGCAGAAGCUGAUCACAUCUCGUCGGGGACUGCGGAGGUGACGCCGGCGCGCUGAGCUGAACGGUGCAGUCCAUGUCCGCCCCGCCGCCGGGGGAUAUUCAGUCGCCGCCGGCCGAUACUCCCCCUGACACGAGCCCGCCGCCGCCUCCUGAAACCAGCGACCCGCCGCCGCCUCCACCUCACACUGCUCCUCCCCCGCCGUCGCCAUCAGUUCAGCCGCCUGCACCAUUGCCAGAUACUCCUCCACCGUCGCAGCCGCCCAGUAAUCCACCACCGUCCCCGCCACCCAGCAGUCCUCCACCGUCACCGCCAAGCACACCUCCACCUUCGCCGCCGGCGCCGACGCCACUGCCAAGCACACCUCCACCUGUCGCGCCUGUGAUCCCGCCUGAUCCGCCUGCAUCAUCUCCUCCUCCCGCAUCGACGCCAGCUACGCCAGCUGCUCCCACGCCGUCUGCACCUCCUACGCCCACGCCGGUGAUGCCAGAUACUCCGCCCGCAUCUUCUCCGCCUGAGACGCCGGUGGCGCCUGUUGACCCACCGCCAUCUUCUCCUAGCCCGACACCUGACCUGCCACCAUCUUCUCCACCGCAGGUGACCCCAGUUUCCCCGCCAGCACCAGUGACGCCGGUCGACCCGCCGCCAUCAUCUCCUCCGCCCGUUACGCCAGCUGUCCCGCCAACGCCGGUGGCGCCUGUCGACCCGCCGCCAUCUGCUCCUCCGCCGGUGACACCAGCAGCCCCGCCGCCAUCUUCUCCGGUGACGCCGGCCGCCCCGCCACCAUCUUCGUCUCUGCCUGUGACGCCGGCUGCUCCGCCCGCAUCGUCACCUCCCCCGGAGCCACCCGCGACGCCAGCUGCUCCGCCAGCAUCGUCCCCGCCUCCGAUGACGCCAGCUGCACCACCUGCAUCUUCUACUCCACCGGAGGCUCCGGUUAAGCCGGCCGCACCGCCAGCGUCUUCUACUCCACCAGUGGCACCGUUACCUUCUCCGUCGGGGCCGCCCGUGACACCUGCGCCACCCGCAACAUCUCCACCUUCUCCAGCAGCGCCUGCACCAACAACGCCUUCACCGUCCGCUCCGGUGACGCCAGCUCCGCCUGCACCAUCUGCGGCUUCUCCGGUAGCGCCGUCAGCACCAACACCAUCCCCGUCUCCACCUUCUCCUGUCGACCCAGAACCAUCCCCGCCAUCCCCUGUGACACCUGUGCCAGUGCUACCAACGCCAUCUCCCGUAGACCCGGCACCACCAUCGUCGUCGCCGCCGGCUCCAGUAGGGCCAGCACCACCAAUGCCAUCUCCCGUGAGACCGGCACCGCCGGCACAGUCACCGCCUGCUCCAGUGGGACCCGUACCACUGCCACCAUUGCCGUCGCCAUCUCCCUUGAACCCUGCGCCACCAGCACUGUCGCCGCCGGCUCCUGUGGGACCAGCACCACCACUGCCGUCGCCAUCCCCAGUUAACCCGGCACCACCAGCAUUAUCACCAGCGUCUCCGGUUAACCCGGCACCACCAGCACUAUCUCCACCAUCUCCGGUCGUGCCCACACCACCAACGACGUCGCCACCGUCUCCCGUGAACCGGGCACCACCUGCAUCGUCCCCGCCAUCUCCAGUGCAGCCGGCUCCACCAACAUCGUCUCCGCCAUCAGGCCCAUCAUCACCAGUGAACCCAACGCCACCAGCGUCGUCUCCUCCUUCACCUGCACCACGGACGUUGUCGCCGCCAUCUCCCGCGGCGCCAGGACAACAAACUACGUCUCCGCCAUCUCCCGUAAACCCCUCACCACCAUCGACGUCCCCGCCCACUCCAAGAACACCAUCCUCACCUCCAUCAACCUCCCCGACGCCAAGGACACCGACGUCCCCACCUUCCCCAGCCACUCCAGCUCCGCCCAUGCCAUCGUUCCCUCCACCUUCUUCCACAAAACCGCCAUCCCGUGUCACUCCCGCUCCUCCUGGCUUCACCCCGUCACCCCCAAGCGGCGGCAUCUCGAACUCACCACGUUCGUUUGUCAUACCCCCGUCAUCGUCGCCACUGCCCUCGCCGUCGCACUCACACACGUCCAAGGCAGUGAUCGGCAUCUCCGUUGCUUCGGCAGUGGUGGUGAUCGGCCUCGUGGCCGGGCUCAUCUACUGCUUCGUGGGGAAGCGACGUCGUCAGCGUCGCCGCGGCCGCCGUCCGCCACCGGACUCAUCAAGCAAUCCCUACAACCAGCGACUACCGGUGGUGUCGUCGCGCCAGCAACGGCAACCGCCACACACCUCCUCGGCGCCCCUAUCAUACAUAACGUACGCACCACGUGCUGCCGCCGCCUCGUCGUCGUGGCACAGCAGCGCCGCCGUCGCGUCCGACCCGCCGCCACCCCAGCAUCCCGCCGUCAAGGGCGGCACGGUGUCGUACGCGGACCUCGCGGCGGCGACGGGCGGGUUCUCGGAGGCAAACCUGCUGGGGCAGGGCGGGUUCGGGCACGUGUACCGCGGCGAGCUGGGCAACCGAGAGGUGGCCAUCAAGCGGCUCCGGCCGGGCAGCGGGCAGGGCGACCGCGAGUUCCGCGCCGAGGUGGAGAGCAUCGGCCGCGUCCACCACCGCCACCUCGUCUCCCUCCUUGGCUACUGCGUCCACGACCAGCAGCGCCUCCUCGUCUACGAGCACGUCUCCAACCACACCCUCGAGUUCCACCUCCACGGGGACGGGGCGACGCUGGACUGGGAGCGGAGGUGGAAGAUCGCGCUCGGAUCGGCAAAGGGGCUGGCCUACCUGCACGAGGACUGCCAUCCUAAGAUCAUCCACCGCGACAUCAAGGCGGCCAACAUUCUACUGGAGGACAAUUUCGAGCCCAAGGUUUCGGACUUUGGGCUGGCCAAGAUCCAAAACGUAGACGACAGCCAUGUUUCCACGCGCGUAAUGGGGACUUUCGGGUACAUGGCUCCGGAGUACACGAACACCGGGAAGAUUACAGACCGGUCCGACGUCUUCUCCUUCGGCGUGGUGCUUCUGGAGAUCAUCACCGGGAUGAGGCCUGUCCUCCCCGGGGAGCACGACAAUGACGAGACUCUGGUUUCCUGGGCACGGCCUCUGCUGGCAAAAACUUUUGAGGAGCAAAUCUCCGGCGAGCUGAUCGAUCCAAUGCUUGAAUCCACCUACGACGCCCACGAGAUGCAGCGGCUGAUCGCGUGCGCGGCCGCCGCGGUGCGCGACACAUCCCGCUCCCGCCCUCGAAUGAGCCAGAUCGUCCGGUACCUGGAGGGCGAGCUGCCGCUGGACGCCCUCAACGCCGGCGUCGAGCCGGGGCAGAGCGAGACGCACGACGACGGCGAGAGGGAGCAGCUGAGGCGGAUGAGGAGGAUGGCGUUCUUCAUGCCGGGCGCCGACAGCGACACGGGCGCCACCGGCAUCGUCAGCGAGGCCACGAGCGAGUACGGCCUGUACGCGUCCAGCUCCAGCAGCGGCGGCGACGAGGCGCAGACGACGAGCCGGCCGCGCGCAGGCGAGCUCGGCGCGACGAGCAGGCGCACGCGGCCGGGGCGCGCCGGAUUGCUGUGAGCGUCACGUGAUGCUUGUUGCAAAAUUUCUGGAACUGUUGGAUGUUUAGGCUUAGUCUUUAUCGUUGGAUUUUACGAUUCUUUGGGGAGAUCCACCUGUGAGAAAAGCGUAGUGGUCGAACUGUUUUUGGUUUGCCAUUUUCUAUUGAAUUUUGCUCUGGUGCAAAGCUAAGAAAAGUUAGCAGGUGAGGUUAGAUCAGAUUAGUUCUCAGUUUUGGUCACUUCGGAACACAUAAACAUGUCUUAUACAUGGCAGUUGUUAGUCUCUAACGGUGAUACAAUUGCUAAGGUGUCUUGGAGCCCUUCCACCUAAUAUGACUUUUAUGAGGAAAUUUAGUUGA